AUGGACCAGCCAGAUUUGACAUACCUUGAUCGCCCGACGAAACGAGUGCGCCAAGCUUGUGAACCUUGCAGGCGUAAAAAAGCCAAAUGCCCUGGAGAGCAACCUGAUUGCUCCCUGUGCGUUAGACUACACCAGGAAUGCUACUAUGCUGAAGAAAGACGACGGCCACGGCCACCCCCACCUGAAGAGGAGAAUUUCAUAUCCAAACCUGUUACGGUCGUAUCAGCAUCUCGCGCUCUGGAAGACAGACUACGGAGCUUGGAAGGCAAAGUUGGUGAUGUUCUUGAUCAUCUAGAGGCAAAUCCCAGGGCAAAACCCAAGACAAAUCCCGGAAAUAAAUCUACAAUAUUACCGCCAUGGGAAGAAAUUGUAUUAAUUGCAGAACUGUACUUGCUGUACUGUGACUCUCAGCCGCUUCCUCUCUUUCACCGGAAGAGUUUCCUAGCAAGCCUGAAGACUCGGGACGUUGAGGUUCUAUAUGCUAUCACUGCACUUAGUAUUCGUUUUUUUGACGAUGCAUAUCCUAAUGUCAAAGAAUUGACAGAACUUAUUAAUGGCUAUGCCGAAGUGGCGCGUGGCCUUGUCAUGAAGCGAGUCUCAGAGGGCCCAGUUGAGGUAUCAACCCUCCAAUGUCUGUGUCUUCUGAGUCUUGUAGACUUCACGAAUGGCAACACACAUCGCUCCAGUAUUCACAGCAGUCUUGCGGUGAACCUGGCAAAAGGUGCUCGUCUGGACCUAGAACCUCGUAGUACCCCAUUAAGCAACGUACUUCGAGAGGAGCGUCGACGAUGCUUUUGGAGUAUAUGCCUCUUAAAGCGACUCCAUGGUGGAGAUUUCUCGAUUUCUGACCUUCCUGAGGUGGGAGGCCCUCCUUAUCCACAAAGCCCAACUCUACCUCCAGGUAAAGAUCUUUCCCCCUCAGUUAUGUGGAAAAGCGAGCCCCAGGACCAAGGUAUAGUUUCAUAUGUCAUCAUGCUAAGUGAGGUGUUUGCGAGAACUGCACGAUAUGUCCGACACCGAGGACAACCCAGUAACGUUCCACCGUGGUCUCCCCAUUCCGAGUACUCAAAGAUUCUUGCGCUGCAAAUGGAUCUCGAGACACGAAUGCCUCUCACACACCGGUUCAAACCUGCCAAUCUCGGCGAUAGAUCAUUAGAGGAAUUGCAGGCACAUCGGGAGUACUGGGGCCCUUGGCUUUUGAACCAGUUUAUUUACCAUACUACCCUGUGCCUCUUGAAUCAUCCUCUUCUCUUGUCACUGAGUCUCCGCACAUUUAAAAGUACAAUCCCUGAGAUAUUUCUGCAACAUACCUCUGAUUUAAUCUCAACGCACACCACGUGGAUAAUUCAUUUCGUCAAUUUCUUCGAAGAGAAAUCCUUCUUAGUCUCGGAUCCACUUCUGGGAUAUUGUGCUGCUGUCGUAGCGACUAUCGAGCUUCAGUUGAGCUUUACAGAAGAUUCCAAUAUCAGAGAAGAAAAGCGGGACAGGUUUGCCAAAUGCGUCAAGUUUGUCCAGCAAAUAGGCCUUCAGUGGCCCCAUAUGGCUCGCCUGGCGCAGAAACUACAACACCUAGAAGAUGCCGUUUCCUCAACAUAUCAAUCCGACCCAGGCGCUCAAAACCAGAGUCUUCUAAUCGACCUAUCCCGCUUCUGGGAAAUUCUAGAAUACUCAUCCAACAGUGACGCUGACUCUGCGCGUCGCUUAUUUGGAGACUCUCUUUGCAAUGGCUCUUUUUCAACUGCGGUGGCAGAAGUGUCUCAGACUUCGCCACUCCCUGCACCAACACGCCUCGAUACCCAGGGAGAGAGAGUAUCAACCGGUAGCUCUCAGUGGCAAGCCUUCAAUUUCAACACUCCAUAUCCCGGGGCUCAGAGCCACGCUUCAAACUUAUUGGUCUCGCCUCGCCAGUUGUCUCUUUUCAAUGAAGACUUCUCCAUUCUUGCAACAAACUUUUUCUCGCAGGGGCAAGAAUUUCUUCGUAGCGGUGAUACCUGGGAAAAUAUUGGAAACUUUUAG